AUGGCAACAAUAAAAAAAUACCAUAUAAGAGGAAGGAAAAAUAUUUUAAUUUUUUUACUUAAAAUAUUUUUGUUUUCUCCUUUAAUAUGGAUACUAAUUUAUUCUGAAUAUUUUACGGUUGUUAAGAAUUAUAAUAAAAUUGACAAUGUGUAUAAUAUAUUUGAAAUAAGACUUAAAAGAUCAUUAGCCCAGGUUUUGGGGAAUACAAGGUUAAGCAGUCGUGGAGUAAGGGAUCCUAGAACUAAGGAGGCAUUAAAAGAAAAGCAGUUCAGGGAUCAUAAAAGAAAAGAGGCUUUAAAACAGAAAACUGAAAAAAAUGAAAAAGCAAGAAAUGCUUUAAAGGAAAAGAAGUUAAAAGAACAAAAAAAGAAUGACGCGCAGAAAGCAAAAGAUUUAACAAAAAAGGAAAGCCAAGACUCUUCAAGUGAAAAAUCACUAAAGGAAAAAGUAAAUGGAGAAGCAUUAAAGGAAAAAGAAAAUAAAGAAACAUUAAAAAAAAAAGAGUUAGAAAAUCAGAAGGAAAAAGAAGAAAAAAAUAAAAUAAAAGAUAAUAAUGAUGAAGCAUUAAAGAAUAAAGGAAAUGAUAAAGAUGAUAAAAAAAUAGUUCCCAAAAAACCAGAAUCCGUAGAAAAGGAUUUGAAAGAAAUGGAAUUGAAAGAGAAGGAAUUUAUAAAACAACAUUUAAAGGAUUAUGAGGAGAGAAAGGAAAAAAGAAGAAAUUGGAUACUAAGAAGUUUAAGAAGAGAUAAAUUAAGAGAAAUUGAACAAUUAGAAAAGUUAAAUGCUCAAUUAGAAAGUGCUAUAAAUGAACUAAAAGAAAGGAGAGCUUCAAGAAGACCUAUGAUGGUUAAAAUGCAACGUGGAAUGAAAGAUGAAGUUGAUGAAUGGAUUAAAAAAUAUGAUGAUGAACAAGCAGAAAAGAAUGGUACGAAAGAUGAAGAAAUUAAAGAUAAAGGUGAUGGUUAUGAAGAAAUUGUUGAAACCAAAUUUUAUGGUAUGAGAGAAAAUGCACUUGGAGAAUUAGAUGAAUAUGAAGAAAGAUAUGAAAAAAAACGUUAUUAUUUAAAAGAAGAUGGAGAGGGUGAUUUAAAAGAUGUUGAAGAAAAAUUAGAAGAAACUGGUUAUGGUUUUAGGGAAAAAUUUCCUACAACCAGGAUAUUGGUUAAAAGAAAGAGAAAUAAAGAACAAAAAAAACUUAAGGAAGACAAAGAAAAAAAAUUAAUUGCUGCUGAAGAACCAGACGAUGAGAAAAAAAUUAAAUUAAAAGAUUCUGAUGAUAAAGUUGUGGUUCCCGUGAAUAAAAAUAAAUCAUCGUUUCCUGAUAAAUUUAGAGCUCCAGAUAAAAAGAGAACGAUGUUUUAUAGACUAAGUGAAUUGUUUCCUAUUGUACCAAGAAAAGAUAAUGAGCUUGCUGUGUCUGGUGAUUGUAUGGAUUCAAAGGUAAAUGGAAAAAAAUUGAAAUCAACUUUCAAUCCGUUUAAAAGAAGACGUAAUAAACUAAAGGAGAGAAAAAUGCAGGAAUUACACAAGUUUAAAAAAAAUUAUAAAAAAUAUCAAAAGUUGUUAGAAAGGGAAAAGAGAGAAAAUCCAGAUGGUGAACCUUUGAAUACACCAGAAAUACAUGUUAUAAGGCCUUCAGAUUUAAUGGAUAAAGGAGAAAAUAAAUCAGCAGGUCAUCCAUUUAAAUAUCAACCAACAAAAGGAUUAAAGGAAUACGAAGAAAGUCAUGUCGCUAAAGAUUAUCAAUUAGAACAUGAACCACCAACCAAAUUACCUGAAUACGAAAAAGGUCAUGUGUCUAGGGAAUAUCAACUUGAUAAUGAAGUACGAGAUGAAUUACCUGAAUAUGAAAAGGGUCAUGUAUCUAGAGAAUAUCAACUUGAUAAUGAAGUACGAGAUGAAUUACCUGAAUAUGAAAAGGGUCAUGUAUCUAGAGAAUAUCAACUUGAUAAUGAAGGUCCAUCUACAUUAAAGGAAUAUGAUCAAACAGAAUUAGCAAAAGGUAAAGAUAUAACUAACAAACCACAUGAAUCCGUUGAUGAAUAUGAUCAAUCAGAAUUAGCAAAAGGUAAAGAUAUAACUAACAAACCACAUGAAUCCGUUGAUGAAUAUGAUCAAACAGAAUUAGCAAAAGGUAAGGAAGUAACUAAUAAACCACACGAAAAUCUGGAAGAAUACAAUGAAACUGAUUUAGCAAAAGGUAAGGAGGUAACUAACAAACCACAUGAAUCCGUUGAUGAAUAUGAUCAAUCAGAAUUAGCAAAAGGUAAAGAUAUAACUAACAAACCACACGAAUCCGUUGAUGAAUAUGAUCAAACAGAAUUAGCCAAAGGUAAGGAAGUAACUAAUAAACCACACGAAAAUCUGGAAGAAUAUAAUGAAACCGAUUUAGCAAAAGGUAAGGAAGUAACUAAUAAAGCGCAUGAAAAUCUGGAAGAAUAUAAUGAAACCGAUUUAGCAAAAGGUAAGGAAGUAACUAAUAAAGCGCAUGAAAAUCUGGAAGAAUAUAAUGAAACCGAUUUAGCAAAAGGUAAGGAAGUAACUAAUAAAGCGCAUGAAAAUCUAGAAGAAUAUAAUGAAACUGAUUUAGCAAAAGGUAAGGAAGUAACUAAUAAAGCACGCGAAAAUCUAGAAGAAUAUAAUGAAACUGAUUUAGCAAAAGGUAAGGAAGUAACUAAUAAAGCACGCGAAAAUCUAGAAGAAUAUAAUGAAACUGAUUUAGCAAAAGGUAAGGAAGUAACUAAUAAAGCGCAUGAAAAUCUGGAAGAAUAUAAUGAAACCGAUUUAGCAAAAGGUAAGGAAGUAACUAAUAAAGCGCAUGAAAAUCUAGAAGAAUAUAAUGAAACUGAUUUAGCAAAAGGUAAGGAAGUAACUAAUAAAGCACAUGAAAAUCUAGAAGAAUAUAAUGAAACUGAUUUAGCAAAAGGUAAGGAAGUAACUAAUAAAGCACGCGAAAAUCUAGAAGAAUAUAAUGAAACUGAUUUAGCAAAAGGUAAGGAAGUAACUAAUAAAGCACGCGAAAAUCUAGAAGAAUAUAAUGAAACUGAUUUAGCAAAAGGUAAGGAAGUAACUAAUAAAGCACGCGAAAAUCUAGAAGAAUAUAAUGAAACUGAUUUAGCAAAAGGUAAGGAAGUAACUAAUAAAGCACGCGAAAAUCUAGAAGAAUAUGAAGAAAAAGAUUAUAUGAAAAAUAAUGAAUUACAAAAUAAAGGAUCUGAUGGAUUAAAAGAAAAUGCAGAGCUAAAAAAUAAAGAAUUACGAAAUAAAGGAUCUGAUGGAUUAAAAGAAAAUGCAGAGCUAAAAAAUAAAGAAUUACGAAAUAAAGGAUCUGAUGGAUUAAAAGAAAAUGCAGAAUUAAAAAAUAAAGAGUUACAAAAUAAAGGAUCGGAAGGAUUAAAAGAAAAUGCAGAAUUAAAAAAUAAAGAGUUACAAAAUAAAGGAUCGGAAGGAUUAAAAGAAAAUGCAGAAUUAAAAAAUAAAGAAUUACGAAAUAAAGGAUCUGAAGGAUUAAAAGAAAAUGCAGAGCUAAAAAAUAAAGAAUUACAAAAUAAAGGAUCUGAAGGAUUAAAAGAAAAUGCAGAAUUAAAAAAUAAAGAGUUACAAAAUAAAGGAUCGGAAGGAUUAAAAGAAAAUGCAGAAUUAAAAAAUAAAGAGUUACAAAAUAAAGGAUCGGAAGGAUUAAAAGAAAAUGCAGAAUUAAAAAAUAAAGAAUUACGAAAUAAAGGAUCUGAAGGAUUAAAAGAAAAUGUAUAUACAAAUAAUGAUUUAAAGAAUAACGAUAUUCAAAAUAAAGAUUUAUCUAAUAAAGACAUGAAAAAUAAAGAACUAUUAAACAAAGAUAUUUCUAAUAAAGACAUGAAGAAUAAAGAACUAUUAAAUAAAGACUUGUCCAAUGAAGACAUGAAGAAUAAAGAACUAUUAAAUAAAGACAUAAGGAAUAAGGACUUGAAAAGUAUAGGAAACAUGGAACAACAAAAUACUGGUUUAAAGAAUACACCUAGUAAAGGACAACAAAAUACUGGUUUAAAGAAUACACCUAAUGAAAGACAACAAAAUACUGGUUUAAAGAAUACACCUAGUGAAGGACAACAAAAUACGGGUUUAAAGAAUACACCUAGUGAAGGACAACAAAAUACUGGUUUAAAGAAUACACCUAAUGAAAGACAACAAAAUACUGGUUUAAAGAAUACACCUAGUGAAGGACAACAAAAUACGGGUUUAAAGAAUACACCUAUUGAAGGACAACAAAAUACUGGUUUAAAGAAUACACCUAGUGAAGGACAACAAAAUACUGGUUUAAAGAAUACACCUAAUGAAAGACAACAAAAUACUGGUUUAAAGAAUGCGGCUAAUAAAGGACAACAAAAUACUGGUUUAAAGAAUACACCUAGUAAAGGACAACAAAAUACAGGUUUAAAGAAUACACCUAAUGAAAGACAACAAAAUACUGGUUUAAAGAAUACACCUAAUGAAAGACAACAAAAUACUGGUUUAAAGAAUACACCUAGUGAAGGACAACAAAAUAAUGAUUUAAAGAAUACACCUAAUGAAAGACAACAAAAUACUGGUUUAAAGAAUACAGCUAGUAAAGGACAACAAAAUACUGGUUUAAAGAAUGCACCUAAUGAAAGACAACAAAAUACUGGUUUAAAGAAUACACCUAGUGAAGGACAACAAAAUACUGGUUUAAAGAAUACACCUAGUGAAGGACAACAAAAUACGGGUUUAAAGAAUACACCUAAUGAAAGACAACAAAAUACUGGUUUAAAGAAUACAGCUAGUAAAGGACAACAAAAUACUGGUUUAAAGAAUGCACCUAAUGAAAGACAACAAAAUACUGGUUUAAAGAAUACACCUAGUGAAGGACAACAAAAUACUGGUUUAAAGAAUUCAGCUAGUAAAGGACAACAAAAUACUGGUUUAAAGAAUACACCUAGUGAAGGACAACAAAAUAAUGAUUUAAAGAAUGCACCUAAUGAAAGACAACAAAAUACGGGUUUAAAGAAUACACCUAGUGAAGGACAACAAAAUACGGGUUUAAAGAAUACACCUAGUGAAGGACAACAAAAUACUGGUUUAAAGAAUACACCUAGUGGAGGACAACAAAAUACUGGUUUAAAGAAUACACCUAAUGAAAGACAACAAAAUACUGGUUUAAAGAAUACACCUAGUGAAGGACAACAAAAUACUGGUUUAAAGAAUACACCUAAUGAAAGACAACAAAAUACUGGUUUAAAGAAUGCGGCUAAUAAAGGACAACAAAAUACUGGUUUAAAGAAUACACCUAAUGAAGGACAACAAAAUACUGGUUUAAAGAAUACACCUAGUGAAGGACAACAAAAUACGGGUUUAAAGAAUACACCUAGUGAAGGACAACAAAAUACUGGUUUAAAGAAUACACCUAGUGAAGGACAACAAAAUACUGGUUUAAAGAAUACACCUAAUGAAAGACAACAAAAUACUGGUUUAAAGAAUGCGGCUAAUAAAGGACAACAAAAUACUGGUUUAAAGAAUACACCUAAUGAAGGACAACAAAAUACUGGUUUAAAGAAUACACCUAGUGAAGGACAACAAAAUACUGGUUUAAAGAAUACACCUAGUGAAGGACAACAAAAUACUGGUUUAAAGAAUACACCUAGUGAAGGACAACAAAAUACUGGUUUAAAGAAUGCGGCUAAUAAAGGACAACAAAAUACUGGUUUAAAGAAUACACCUAGUGGAGGACAACAAAAUACUGGUUUAAAGAAUACACCUAAUGAAGGACAACAAAAUACUGGUUUAAAGAAUACACCUAGUGAAGGACAACAAAAUACUGGUUUAAAGAAUACACCUAGUGAAGGACAACAAAAUACUGGUUUAAAGAAUACACCUAAUGAAAGACAACAAAAUACUGGUUUAAAGAAUACACCUAGUGAAGGACAACAAAAUACUGGUUUAAAGAAUACACCUAGUGAAGGACAACCAAAUACGGGUUUAAAGAAUACACCUAAUGAAGGACAACAAAAUACUGGUUUAAAGAAUACACCUAGUGAAGGACAACAAAAUACUGGUUUAAAGAAUGCGGCUAAUAAAGGACAACAAAAUACUGGUUUAAAGAAUACACCUAAUGAAGGACAACAAAAUACUGGUUUAAAGAAUACACCUAGUGAAGGACAACAAAAUACUGGUUUAAAGAAUACACCUAGUGAAGGACAACAAAAUACUGGUUUAAAGAAUACACCUAGUGAAGGACAACAAAAUACUGGUUUAAAGAAUGCGGCUAAUAAAGGACAACAAAAUACUGGUUUAAAGAAUACACCUAAUGAAAGACAACAAAAUACUGGUUUAAAGAAUACACCUAAUGAAGGACAACAAAAUACUGGUUUAAAGAAUACACCUAGUGAAGGACAACAAAAUACUGGUUUAAAGAAUACACCUAGUGAAGGACAACAAAAUACUGGUUUAAAGAAUACACCUAGUGAAGGACAACAAAAUACUGGUUUAAAGAAUACACCUAGUGAAGGACAACCAAAUACGGGUUUAAAGAAUACACCUAAUGAAGGACAACAAAAUACUGGUUUAAAGAAUACACCUAGUGAAGGACAACAAAAUACUGGUUUAAAGAAUGCGGCUAAUAAAGGACAACAAAAUACUGGUUUAAAGAAUACACCUAGUGAAGGACAACAAAAUACUGGUUUAAAGAAUACACCUAGUGAAGGACAACAAAAUACUGGUUUAAAGAAUGCGGCUAAUAAAGGACAACAAAAUACUGGUUUAAAGAAUACACCUAGUGAAGGACAACAAAAUACUGGUUUAAAGAAUACACCUAGUGAAGGACAACAAAAUACUGGUUUAAAGAAUGCGGCUAAUAAAGGACAACAAAAUACUGGUUUAAAGAAUACACCUAGUGAAGGACAACCAAAUACGGGUUUAAAGAAUACACCUAAUGAAGGACAACAAAAUACUGGUUUAAAGAAUACACCUAGUGAAGGACAACAAAAUACUGGUUUAAAGAAUACACCUAAUGAAGGACAACAAAAUACUGGUUUAAAGAAUACACCUAGUGAAGGACAACAAAAUACUGGUUUAAAGAAUACACCUAAUGAAGGACAACAAAAUAAUGAUUUAAAGAAUAAAGCUAGUAAAGGACAACAAAAUAAUGAUUUAGAAAACGAUGGCUUAAAACACAAACCAAACCAGGGACAAAAACAUACCGAAUUGAAUAAUAAAAAUUUAAAAAAUAAGCCUACAGAUGGAUUAAAAAAUGUUAAAGAUGACGAAUUAUCAGAUAAUGAAUCGUCUGAUAAUGAAAAAUCCAAAAAAAAUUUGAGAGGAAAAAAAAAUUAA